GUCAUGGCAGCAGAGGCCAACACAGACGGCGGGGUGAGUGAUGGGGGUCGACGUAUACCACUCUUUACACCACAGGAGAUCGACCAGAUAGCCAAGUUUCUUGUCGGGAACCAGAGAAGAGAAAGAGAGAACAUGAUCAUCCCCAGAAGUUUUACUCCCACAGUGAUCAAGUCUAAAGAGGAGAAGACAGUGGAGGCCACCUUUGAGAGUUGUCCUUUUAAAGCUGUUUUAUCAUUACUUGCUGGUUUUGUACUGGGUGGAGGUAUUGGUUUAUUUGCUGCCAGCGUCACCCCUUCGAUACCUACCCCAGAUAAGCCUCAACAGUCAGCACGAGAGGUCCUCAGAGAACUAAAGGUUUCAACUCUAUCGUACGGCAAAAACUUCGCUGCCAUUGGUUUUAUGUUCUCAGGGGUGGAGUGUGCCAUUGAAUCAUAUCGGGGGAAAACUGAUUGGAAGAACGGCACAUACGCAGGUGGAGUGACGGGGGGUAUCCUGGGACUACGGGCGGGUAUGAAAGCUGGUGUUGUAGGUGCCUUGGGUUUUGCGGCGUUUUCCUCUAUUAUUGACUACUACAUGAGACACUGAGAUGUUCUAUGGUAACAAGACCCCAAGUGAAAAGUAGUGUACAAUUCCAUGUGCAUCUUGAAAGUGUGCAAGGAAAUAUGAUCUUGCAUAGUGAGUGUCUGGUGACCAAUAAUAACCUGACUAAUAACUGAGGUGUAUGAGUGAUGGUAGAGACUAACGAAGUGAAUCUAUUUAACAUACACCUUCAGCCUGUAUGAUCAUUGUGUUGUUGACAAGUUGUAAAUAUUUAUAAUAAAACUAAGGUGAUCUUUCUGUUUUAUUAUACAUAGAAAAUUUAAGUUUGUCAAUUUUGUCACAGUUAAUGUCUGUGUAUGUUUUGAGUUCCAGUAUUUAUUUAUUUGGCUGCACUAUAUAGUUUGUUUACUGUUGGGUGCAUCAAGUGGACAUUCAUAGGAUUAAUUAAUUACCAGUUACCUGUACUAUUCAAAGUUAAAGCAACUGAUCAGUACAGGUAACUGAAUUGUAAUCUCUAUACGAGUAAAUAAAUCAACGUGAAAUACUAUUAAAACACGACCUACUUUUUGACAGUGUUCAGGUCAUAUACAUCAGUCUUCCCAGCUUCACUACUUGCCUGUAGAAGAACCAGUUCAUCUUACACUGUGUACAUCAUCUCCAGUACUGUAAUUCAGCAACAAACCUGAAACAAACACAAAAGAACAAUUACAAUAUAAAAAGAGUACAUGAAUGAAUUAUGUUACAGCUGUAGUAGGUUCAGGUCAUAGGCUGUAGGCAGAUAGUGAGGCAGUAGUGUAGACUCUUACAGUCAACUGAAACUUGUUAGUCAUGAUUGUCUCUUUAUGGUUUAUAGAGGAUUUGUAACACUGACUACUGGACAAGCACAACUUAUUACUGUCCAGGGUGUGGCUCUUGUGUACCUGUCAGUGUAAUCAGGGUGUGGCUCUUAUGCACCUGUCAGUGUACUGUACAGUGUAGGGGAGAAGAGAUGAGACUAUGUGGCGGGUCCUUCAUGAUAAAACUAUUAUGUCCACACCAUUUAUAUAGUUGUUAAACUUCCAUUAUAUUAAGUUGACUAUUCAUGUAUUCCAAAGUGAUAAAGACUUUGUUGAAAAUUUAUUUGUAAAUAAUAUAUUUUGUACAUGGCAAAAUAUACAAGUAAAAUAUG